AUGUCGUUUUCACGCACAACCUUUGAUGACCAGCCUCAAAAGUUUAUGCUUAAUAAUCUACCAAACGAUUCCAUUUCACAUCUAAGAUGGAGUACGACAACAAACCCGUUGCUACUGACGGCAGGGAGUUGGGACAAGACGCUUAGGAUUUGGAAAAUUAACACAGGUCUUGGUAACGCAAUUAAUACAGACAUGGUGUGCAGCUUCAAACAGGAUGCACCUGUACUAUGUUCAGCCUUCUCUGCAGAUUCAAUGCGUUUAUUCGGAGGAGGAUGUACUAAUAAUGUGUUAACAUACGAUUUAAAUAAUCCAAGCGGUGCAGGAGUUAUCAUAGCAAGACAUCAGAAGCCGGUUAAUGGAGUUCAUUGGAUCCCACAGUUCAACCUCCUGUUAUCUACAAGUUGGGACGGAUUUGUGAACUUGUGGGAUGGAAGACAAGAACAGCCGGUGUGGUCAGAGAACCUAAACUCUAAAGUUUUUGCAUCUGAUGUUAAGGAUAAUAUAAUGUGUGUAGCAGACAGUAACCGCAAACUUAAUGUCUGGAGCCUCGAGAAACUACAACAUUCCAACAGUAAAAUAACUAUCGACUCCAGUUUAAAGCUACAAAUCAGAGCACUAUCGCUAUUUCCAGAUACAAAAGUGCGGUCAGGGGUUGCAUACAGUUCAAUUGGCGGUCGCUGCGUAGUAAACUAUUUCACAGAAGACGAAAAGAAGAAUAACUUCUCAUUCAAGUGUCAUAGACAAGACCAGCCUGGCAAAGGCACGUUCACCUACUCAGUAAACGCAAUUGAUUUCCAUACAGUGUACGGCACUUUCGUCUCAGGAGGAGGAGAUGGUACAUUCACCAUCUGGGAUAAGGAUAACAAGUCAAGAGUUAAGGCCUUUAGUAACGUAGGAGCGCCUGUGGUGGACGUCAAGUUCAUGUCAGAAGGUAACCUCCUGGCCUAUGCCACAAGCUACGACUGGUAUAAAGGCCUUAACCACUCACUAAUAUCAAACACUAAUAAAUCUAUCGGAAUCAUCAAGGUACUUUUUGCGUAG